CAAAGUACGAAUCAUAACAUUAAAUGUGGUACAUCUACAUAUACAUAUAUCUAAAAUUGUUUCCGAUAUGAUUGUAUACCACACUUAUCAUUAGACGUAGGUGGUAGUAAUUUGAUGCGUAAGAUAUAGCUCCGUACAACGUACAACGAGUUUAAUAGCUGCGCGGACUCCGAACGAACAACAUGUAUCGAAGGAUUGCUAUAAUUCUUGUCCUAUGUUACCUGAGUUUCUCACCAACUUGUCAAGCCCUCGAUAUCGAUGAUUGUGGCUCGAAAGUGGGAAAAUUUACGUCUGUAACUCUGGACUGUGAUAUGAAUAAAUCUGUAUGUGAUUUAAUACCAAAUACAAAUGCAACAAUUAAUAUCGAUUUUACAGUUGAUAAAGAUGUUUCAAAAGUUAAUGCAGUUGUGCAUGGUAUUGUGAUGGAUGUUCCUAUACCUUUUCCAUUGCCAAAUGCAGAUGCUUGUCAAGCUCCUGAUUCUGGCAUUAAAUGUCCCUUAAAGAAGGGUGAUGCCACAUUUCACUACAAAAAUACGUUACUGGUGCUAAAAUCCUAUCCUAAGGUCAGUGUUACCGUAAAGUGGCAACUCAAAGAUGAGAACAAUGAAGAUAUUAUUUGCAUAUUAAUUCCAGCACGAAUCAAAUAGGUAAUAUUAAUCCAGAAUCUAUUGUAAUUCUAGUUUUGAAGAAAAAUAUACACAUUACAAAAGUUGUAUGAAAUAUAUAUAAAAUAUAAGAGUAAAAAAUUUAAUUUUCUAUGUUUUGUAAUUUGAAUUAUCUCAAUAUACAUGAUAAAAAAAGUUUCAUACAAUUUUUAUUGAAAUUGGAACAUUGGCAACGUAAAAAUAUAAUAUCAUAUUGCAGCAACAAAAAGCGAAUGUAUUUUUUUUUAAAUACAUAAUGUGCUACAAACUUAAAUGCUGAAUAAAUAAAAAGUAAGGUUAGUAGUGGGGAUUUAUGUGAAACAAAUUGCUUAAAAUCUGUGUGUUGUUAUAAAUUAGUUUAAAAAGA